AUGGCCGUACUUCCAAAAGUGGGAGUUGACAACCGAAGUACUGGCAAGGCUAAGAUUGUAAUAGAGGCACAGAGUUCUGUGAUGAAUGGCGGUGUAUCAUUGACUAACCAGGCGGAUUUAUCGCAAGCCGAGAGGUCAAUGGACUACAAUGCCCCCCCUAGAUAUGUUAUUGAUUCAAUCAUCACAUUUGGAAGACCAGACAACGGCUCUACUGCAAGUUCUAUCUUUAAAUCUCCUUCAGGCGGGAAUUUCUACAAUGGACAGGCGAACUAUGAUAAUGAGCCACGGGGAGGAUCUGCGCCGGCUAUGAACCAUAUCCAACCGCCUAGGGACAGUUCCAUUAGCCAUAGACCGGAAUCUAGCCGCUCAUCAUACAAUCCUAGCCUUAGCAGGCACGCAUCAUAUCAAGGGAUGGCAAGGGAGGUAUCCCGCCCGUCCGUAUACCAAAAUGACGUCAUGAACGAACAACGAGUGAUGAAUUAUGAUCAGCCACCACCGCCGCCACCACCACCACCACCGCCGCCGCCACCGCCGCCGCCGCCGCCGCCAAUGCGGGCACAUUUUUACCCCCAGAGACAAAACCACCACAGAAGCGAACAAAAUAGUUCAUUUCAUAGUAAUGAUAAUAGGUUUCAGGAAUAUUCGAAUGGGGGGAUAUACCAAGAUCGCUUUCUCCCGAGCCAUGCUCCUCUACCCCACGCGAAUAGCACUGGAGGUGGUCAGCAAAGCUUUAGGUCAAUCGGUCAAAGUAACACAAAACCGGGGCCGAUCAGCGGUGAUUUUUCUGUUAUGAGGAAUACAGGUGGAAAUAUCCCAGCUCCGCGCGAUGUGAUGUUACAAAAAAGGAUGCUUGGAGAAAGAGGACCCCCCCGCACCCCGGGCAGACCUAGCCUUCCCAAUGGUCAAUGGUCCAAUCAAGCACUAGCAGGUAAUCUCGGUACUUUGCAGAGUCAAGGUCCCCUGGCAGGGGAGAUAGCAAUUCCUCGAACAUUUAAUGGCAAUCAACCUCGGGUACCCGCGGGUCCUAGGAUGGAUUUUCGGCAAGAAAAUAGUAGCUAUCAUUACCCCACGGGUUCAGUUGAUCGGUUCGAAAAUGGGCCCUCAAACACUGGAGGUUAUACCAACGGUAACAAUCGAGGAUAUACCAACGGCAACAAUCGAGGAUAUACCAACGGCAACACCGGCUCAGGGUACACCAAUGGUAAUAAUAGAGGGUACAUCAAUGGUAACAAUGGAUACACCAAUGACAACAAGGGAUACAUUAAUGGUAACAAUGGAUACACUAAUGGUAACAAUGGAUACACCAACGGUAGAGGUAUUACAGCUCGCCAGCAGUGUGCAACUCCCUCAGAUAGAUUUUCCGGAUCUUUUAGGACUGACUCAAGCGCACAUGGCUCUGCGGGUUCGCUCGUUGACCGUGAUUUUCAACCAGGAUACUCAAUAUCUGGAAAUAAACCCGUGAAUAGUCGCAGUCCAGGAAGUGAUGUACCCAACUUCAGGCCAGGAAGACCCUUUCAGACUGGAUCCGAUUCCUUGGAGCAUUCAUUAGUCGAUGGUGAUAACCACGCGUCAGAAAAUACAGCGAGAAUAAGCCCCCAAGGCCACAGCUGGACUUCUGAUCUGGAUAAAAGAGGUGAGAUAAAUCAUCAAAUUGAGAGCAGAAAUGGGUUACAGGAUAGAAAAUCCUUUCGUCCAACUGCCAAUGGCAAUACAACGGUAGCUCUAGCAAUUUACACUCCACCAAACAUCAGAAUUGAAAACAAUCAUCCGACAAAUAAUAAGUAUCAGCCACAACAUCAUCAUAUUGGCAGCUAUAAUAGCAGGCUUGUGUCAGGGCUACAUACAAAUCAGAGCCUGAUUUCCAAGAUAUCUCAACCAAAAAGCGACCCUGAUGACCAUCAACCGGGCCUAUUUCGUUAUGCAACUGGGGGUUCAGACUCGGACUCUGAAGGUUCGGACAGGCCGUACACGCCUGAGCUGUCCCAACAAGCGGACCUCCCUAUUAGGCAUUCGCCCGAACCCGGUGUCGACCGCAGUGCACUGAGAUUAUAUUAUGAGAAUGAAAGGGAAACUAAAAAGAAAACAAAUCCGAAUCCCUGGCCUGAUAUUUUGUCGGGGAAAAAUGAAUCGUCAGAAAAAAAGGCCUCUGCAGAGAAGAAGGCCCCCCAAAGAAUCACGCCGCGAGCACUGAUACAGUGCUUGAUGACGCGAAGGUUUCACCACCAGAGAUUUACCAAGGAAGAAAAAUUGGGCGAGAAAGCACCAGCACCGCCUACGCCAUCUAUACCAGUGCCAGCACCGUCGACACCGUCUCUGCCAGCGCCAGCACCACCGACACCAUCUUUGCCAGCACCGGCACCACCGGCACCACCAACACCAUCUACAACAAGACCGGCGCCACCGACGCAGUCUCUGCCAGCGCCAGCACCGCCGACACCAUCUUUGCCAGCACCGGCACCACCGGCACCACCAACGCCAUCUACAACAAGACCGGCGCCACCGACGCAGUCUCGGUCAGCACCGAUAUUACCUCCACCUGCAUCUCUUUUGUCGUCUCCACGGCCUGUCACGGGCCCUGCUCCUAAAUCAAACCCCAAGUGCAAAAAUCGAAACGUAAAGGCGAAGUCUUCCGCCUCUGCAACUGUUCCUGAAAGUGCCUCUGACCCUAUCCGUGCCUCCGUUCCUGCUCGCAUUUCUAAUUCGGCCCGUAUUCUGGACAAUGUUCCUAUCCCUUCACCCAAAUGGGUAGAACAAAACGCAAAGGUGACCCCGCCCCCCCAUCCUCGAGUAGAAAAAGAAAACCCCAAGGGCGAGUCUUCUACAACUCCCCAGAAAAAGACUUGCUGGCUUUGUGGGGGUAAUCAUGGGGGUCCUUGUCAAGCAAGUGGUCUUGCAAGUUCAAAAACCAGGAGAAAUCAGGCCAAUGAUGACGACGUUGGUACAUGGGAUUUUCAAGGGAUCAACAAACAAUGGUCCGAUGAUGAAGCUAUCGAGAAACAGGCAGCUAGAAAAACUGGGAAGAAAAAUAAAUCUCGGAAUAGAAAAGCCCAUGCAGCCAGAGAUUUGCCAGAUCAGGAUGAUAAUGGAGGCGUACCUCUUGGUAAAUUCAUGGGAACCGAAGCUGUCCAGUCUAUAAAGUUGGCUCCAAAAAAGAGGGAAAGAAAGAAAAACCCCAAGGAAGGAGUCUCUUUGAAUGGAAACGUUGAAAGAGCAGAGUCGGUACCCGAAGAGCUCUUCGAAGCACCGAAAUUCGAUGGACCAAAAUCAAUAAUGGUUAGAGCUGACAGGAGCCAUAUUGGACGUUACUCUGAUGGAGCAAUCACCGGUAUUAGAAAAUUAUCCGAAGAUGUUUUGACGACGAUUUUCAGCUAUCUCGCCGAUGGCCUCAUGCCGGAGGAGCAAAUGGAAACGAAAAAUGUCCACAUUGGAAAUAGCUUCAAAUUUGAUACUAGCUUUACCACAACAAGGUAUCGACGUUUGAGGGCAGUCCUCCGUUCCUGCCACUAUUGGCGUCAUCUGGGCCAACAGAUUGUCUGUAAGUAUGUCAAUCUGAACAAGCUUCCUAGUUUUGAGCGGUUUGUCCGAACAAUCAGCGAAGACGAGGAAUUGGGUAACAUGGUCCGCGCCAUCAAAGUAAACAUACAUGGUGGAGCAUCAUAUAUGGCCCAUGACAGACGUCCCCCAAAGCAGUUAGCGGUGAUGCCAAAAGUUAGUGAUUUGGCACAACUAUUUACCAGGAUGAUGCAGAGUUGCCCCCAACUUCAAGUAUUAUCGGUGAACAUGCAUGGUGCUAUCAUGGGAUUUAACCUGGUUUUCGAGAAAUUUCCAAUGAUGAGAGAAAUUCAAAUUAAGGAUGACAGGAGCAAGGGCAUCGUGGCCCAAAAUAUUUGGACCAAUUUGUCCAGAAACUAUCCAAACCUAGAGAACUUCAGGAUUUUUCAUUGUCAGGAGAAUGCUGCAACAAACUUCGAUAACCUCAAAAUUCCGCCAAAGCUCUUCCAGUUAAAAGCUCUUUGCCCGAAGCUUCAAAACUUGACAACCCUUGUGAUUGUGGAUUGCAAGUUAGUUACUUCUGGAGGGCUUGCGCGUGCAAUCGAAAAGUUGCCUGACCCAGGUCGGAUCACUCGUCUUAUUUACUUUGUUUGGGUUGAUCCUUUUGGUAAUUCCACGGCAGAUGAAAUGUCACAUACGAGAUCGCAUCUCUGUAGUACAAUUCGUAAAUGCUGUACUAACGUUUCAUAUCUCUGCUGGAAACCUUAUCGUAUCUGUGGGGACUUCUGGAAAGACUCCAAUUUCCAUUCAUUAGAGCGUUGCCGUAUCGAACCUAUGUCGUUCCGGGAUUGCGAUGAGGAUGUAAAUGAUCAUUCUAAGUUCACGGAGGCAUAUCAACAGGCACGAGAUCAGGAGAGACUCCCGAAGCUAAAAGAAGAUCGAGUCUUCUUUGACUUUUAUUUUUAA